AUGGAUAGGGUUAAUCAGAAAGGCCUUAGAAUAUGGAUAAUCGUUUUGAUUGCUUUUUCUGUGUGGUCUUCAAGCUGUGCUAGAGAAGGCAGGCUGUGGAGUCAAAGCAAGGCUCUCACAGCAGCCUCGGUGCCUGUAAAGAAACCAAUGGGUCAUGGUGGCCGUAGUAUGUUGAACUCAGCCACCUUUAAUGUAUUAGACUAUGGUGCUAAAGGUGAUGGUCAUGCCGAUGACACAAAGGCAUUCGAAGCAGCGUGGGCAGCAGCUUGCAAGGUGGAGGCAUCAACAUUAGUUGUUCCAUCUGGGUCUGUUUUUCUUGUCAAACCGGUUUCUUUUGCUGGACCUAGUUGUGAACCAAACAUUGUGUUUCAGUUGGAUGGCAAAAUCAUAGCUCCCACAAGCUCUCAAUCGUGGGGGUCAGGUCUCUUACAGUGGCUAGAAUUUACGAAGCUUCAAGGGAUUACAAUCAAAGGUAAAGGCAUCAUUGACGGACAAGGCUCAGUCUGGUGGGUUGACUCAGGGAAAAUGCCAAGCACCAAACCAACGGCGCUUAGGUUUUAUGGGAGUAAAGGAGUGACAGUGAGUGGCAUAACAAUUCAAAACAGCCCUCAGACCCAUCUCAAGUUCGAUAGCUGCACAAGCGUUCAGGUGUACAAUGUGCAUGUUUCAUCCCCCGGUGACAGCCGCAACACAGAUGGAAUCCACCUACAAAACUCCCAAGAUGUCGUCAUUUACAGUACCAAUCUUGCAUGUGGAGAUGACUGCGUUUCCAUACAAACUGGAUGCUCAAAUGUAUACAUACACAACGUCAAUUGUGGGCCUGGACAUGGAAUCAGCAUUGGAGGGCUUGGGAAGGAUAACACUAAAGCCUGCGUUUCAAAUGUCACCGUCCGAGAUGUCACGAUGACCGACACAUUGACUGGUGUCAGAAUAAAGACUUGGCAGGGAGGGUCAGGGUCAGUACAAGGAAUAAAGUUCUCCAACAUUCAAGUUUCUAAAGUGGAAACUCCUAUAAUGAUUGACCAAUUCUACUGUGGUGAGAGCAAAUGCCCGAACAAAACCUCAGCUGUGGCAGUCUCAGACAUAGACUACGUAAAUGUACGAGGAAGCUUCACGGUAAAACCUGUACAUUUUGCAUGCAGUGACAGCAUGCCAUGCACUGGCGUCUCUCUCGCUACCAUCCAGCUUGAAGCUGCAGCACAAGAAACCCAUUCGUCUGACCCUGAUCCUUUCUGCUGGAAGGCGUAUGGAGAGCUUAAAACUACAACUGUUCCUCCAAUUGGCUGUUUGCAGACUGCCAAGACAUCAACCACCGGACAUUCUAAGCUUGAGUCUUGCUGAGAGAUUAGCCUUAAUUAUUGGGAUAUAUCGAUGCCAUUCUUUAAUUAUGGAUGGUGUGGAUCUUAUUAGAUCUUGUCCUUUUUUUUAAUGGAAACUUUAA